AUGCCGCUGCACGCCGAGAUCCUGCGGGAGGUCUGGGCCGCCGAGAGCAUGGAUGAGGAGCCCGCGAGCCCCCAGCCCCACAAGCCCAAGCAGCUGGGCCAGAAGCCGAAGAAGAAGCGGCAGGAGCCCCCGGCGGAGGCCAAGCCCCGGCGGCUGAAGGUGAAGACGGCGGGAGAGGCGUGUGCCGCCGAGGAGCCCCGCGCCCCGGCCCAGGGCGUCAAGAAGCUGAGGAAGAAGAAGGAGGAGAAAGGGGAGGAAGAGGGCGACAAGGACCCCUGCUCCAAGUCCGUCAGAGAGCCCCGGAGGAAGAAGGAGAGUCCGGCCUCCCAGCUGCUCGUCGCCAAGGCCGCGAGGAAGAAGCAAGCCGCUCCGUCCGCCCGGUGUUUUAAGUUUCGUCCCCUCCGGACAGAGGCUGCCGAGGACUCGGAGGACUCGGAGGAAGAGGAGGAGGAAGAGGAGGUGGCGAAUAAAGACCCACCGAAGAAACUCAAGAAGAAGGUGCCCAAGGAGACGCCCUCGGGCGAAAGCAAGGAGAAGGCGGCGAAGCCGAAGGGGUACAAGAGCAACCCAGAGGGCAAGGCCAGAGCCACCAAAAGCAUCAAGAAGGAGCAGACGUCCAUGUUCCAAGUGAACGGGGAGAAGAAGGAGAAGAAAAGCAAGAAGAAAGCCGCGGCCGGCAGCGAGGAGGAGGACGACUCCGACUCCAGCACCAAGCCCAUCAGGUCGGAGAAGAAGAAAAACCCGGCGUCGCUCUUCCAGACGGGCGGGGACCCCCCCAAGGAGAAGAGGACCAAGAAGAAAGCUCCUCCCAGAGCGGCCGAGGCCGGCAGCGCGGAGGAGACCCCGGAGGCGGCGCAGAAGAACUCCAACAAGAAGGGCAAGGGGAAGAAGGGGAAGAAGGUAGGAAGCCCUAAGGAGGAGCGGGCGCCGUCGCCCGCGGUCGAGGUGGGCAACCUGGAGGAGUUCGUGCUGCGGCCGGCGCCGCAGGGGCUGACUGUCAAGUGCCGGGUCACGCGCGACAAGAAGGGCAUGGACCGGGGGCUCUACCCCACCUACUACCUCCACCUGGACAACGACAGAAAGGUGUUCCUGCUCGCCGGGCGGAAGCGCAAGAAGAGCAAGACCUCCAACUACCUCGUCUCCAUCGACCCCACGGACCUGUCGCGGGGCGGCGAGAACUUCGUCGGCAAGCUGAGGUCCAACCUCAUGGGCACCAAGUUCACCGUGUUCGACAACGGCGCCAACCCCGACCGGGCCAACGCCGACUGGUCCAACGUGCGGCAGGAGCUGGCGGCCGUGGUCUACGAGACGAACGUUUUGGGGUUCAAGGGACCCCGCAAGAUGACGGUCAUCAUCCCCGGCAUGAACUCCGAUAACGAGAGGGUGCCGAUCCGGCCCCGAAACGACAACGACGGGCUCCUCAUGAGGUGGCAGAACCGCAGCAUGGACAACGUCAUCGAGCUGCACAACAAGGCGCCCGUGUGGAACGACGAGACCCAGUCGUACGUCCUCAACUUCCACGGCCGCGUCACCCACGCCUCCGUCAAGAACUUCCAGAUCGUGCACGGCGACGACCCCGACUACAUCGUGAUGCAGUUCGGGCGCGUGGCCGACGACGCCUUCACCAUGGACUACAACUACCCGCUGUGCGCCGUGCAGGCCUUCGCCAUCGCCCUCUCCAGCUUCGACGGCAAGCUGGCCUGCGAGUAGCGGCCGGGCCGCGGAGCCGGGCCGUCGCCCGCGGCGUUCCCGUGGGGUGACCUGGGCUUCCCCGCGCUGCCCCCGCCUCCCUCUCCGGACAAAUUCGGGAGCCACCGCCGGUCCCGGGCGUGCGGCAGAGUCAGGCCUGGGUAUAUUUAGCAGAUGAGGCCGACUGUUAUCCUGAUUUCAUCCCUCCGAGAUGUUCCUUGGAAGCGAAUCCUGGAAACGCGUCCUUUCCUUCUUUUUUUUCCAUUUUUUUAGAUUCGGUUUUGCACUUUAUAGCACGCUUUAAAUGAGGGAGGGCUUUGGGCGGCCUCCGCCGGCUCGCGCUGCCGCGUCCCGGAGGGGCGCGUGCCAAAAGCGUGCGCGCGGCCGCUGCCGGCUCUGCCCAAGGUCGGGGACCGGCAGCACGGCCGGCACCUGCCACCUCCGGCCGAGGGAUUUCCUUCCGGAGCUGCGGGCGCGCGCGAUGCUGCUGCUCGCGGCCCCAAAAUAAGCCCAGCGGAUGCAGAGCCGGUCACGGACCCGAGGGUCCCGAGCCAGUGCCGUGGAAGGAGCUGGGAGGCGAAGGGCCGCGGGGGCAGGAAGCCCGGGAGAUGGAUGGGGUUGUGCAAGAGGGAUGCUCGUCCUCGGCGCCCGGUGUCGCAACGCCGCUGCCCCGCUGGGCAAAAGGCGGAAAACUACCCCGGCUCCGAAGACGGACGCAGGAUCGUCCCAUUUGGGGCUGUCUCCUCUUGCUGCUGUGGCUCUGGUUGCACAGGUCAAGCCCCUGGUGCCAGCAGGCUCUCCAGGACACGAGGUCACAUCAAACCUGGGAGCGGGACAAGGCUCUCGGCACCUCCCCAUUAACCCUGGGACCAUGGGGACGUGAUGGGGACAGCGUCCCACCUCUGGGGACAUGGUGGUCCCGUCUCGGCCUCGGGAGAGGAGACUCAGCUUGCAGGGACCCGGGGCGGCAGGCGCCAACCGUUAGCCAACUUCU